UGUCAUCACUAAUUGCAAUUAAUAAAAUUGGAAAUUAUUCUAAGAGAAUUUGUAUUAUUUUAAAUGAAUGCAACGAAUAUAUACAUACGUACAUUUUGAUUAAUUUAACAAAAUUAAAUUAUUGCACUAAAAUUACAUUAAAAUAUAAUAAACGACAUGUCGUCGGACGAUGUGGAAAUCAUUGGGGAUAAUGAAGAAAUUAUAGAAAUAAGCGAUGACAACGAAGUGGAGGAUUCAAAAGAUGUUAUAGUUAUAAAUUUUGUGGAAGAAGAUACUUCUGCAGAGGAUAAAUCAAACAUUUGCAUUGUAAUUAAAGAUGAACAAGAAGAAAUACCGGUAAUUAUACCAAGUAACUCUGAAAAUGCUGUUGCCAAUUUGAAAGAUCCAGGUGCAGAAGUUGUAAAUUUAGAUUAUUGUUCUACUGAAUCUGCAAAUAAUAAUAAAAUUCGACAAAAACGUAAAAAUAAACGCAAACGGCGUUGUCAAGGACCUGGGGAAAAUAGUAAUAAAACAACUCACAUUGCUGAAGGAGGGAUCCAAGAAUGUAACAAAGUAUUAAAAUCGAGCUUUACAACCGAGAAUACUAAUAACAUACUAAAUACCUCAAUGCAGGAAAAAAACUCAGAAGUUUGUAAUAAUAAAGGCUUAAAUAACAUCACCCAAAAUGAAAAGGAACCAACAAACUAUAGUAUUUCAAGCAUAGCUUCUUCCACAACUGCAAUUAGACAAAAACGAUCUAAUAACUAUGAUUUUUCAAAACUUAAAUGGCUUAAACCUUUGAAAAAUAUUUCAAGUCCACCUCACUUGCAAAUCGUUAUAAUUGAUAGAAGUCACCCUAAUUGGAGAAUUACAAAUGACAAAUGGCUCAUGUUAGAAAAGCGUUUACUUGAAGCUCUUAAUUGUGAAAUGUUACGAACAAAUGAUUCCAGCAUUGGUCUCUUUGAUGGCGCUAAAUGGAUGAGAGGCAUAAAAAUUGUGGGAUGCCAUAACAAAAACGCAUUCAAUUUCAUUACAAAAUUUAUACUUAACUUGGAUAAGUUAUGGCAUGGAGCAAAACUUGAUGUGUUUCCUAUAACUCAAAUUAGCCGUCAUACAGUUAAAGUUUAUAUACCUCCGCCAACGUUAGAAACUCAAGUAAUGUUGUCCUUAAUGCGAUUACAAAAUGCAUCACUCUGCUGUGAAGAUUGGGAAGUACUUAGAGAACGAGAAAGAGGAAAUGACGGUGGUGUAGACAUUUGGUUUAGUAUUAAUGAUGAAUCAUUUACAGAUUUAUGCAGAUUAAGAGGCGAAAUUAAAUAUGGUAUAAAUCGUAUUUUUUUCAAGCCUUCAGAUUAAUUUAAAAGAAUUAAUAAAAAUUCCUUAUUUUUGGAAGAUCAUUCACAUGACUGCAAAAUCAAGAUCUAGAUAUGUAAAUUAUGUACAUACCUACCUAUAUUAAAUAUUUCCUACAACAUAAGCUUAAAAUUUUAAACUGAACUUAUUUUGUAUAUUUAUAUACAUAUAUGUAUGUAUUUAUCUAUUUAAAACUCAUUUAAUGAUAUUUUGUAUAUCUACCUAUUUUAUAUACACAUGGGUAUUUGAAGAUCUUUUCUGUUAUAUUUUUGAAUAAUUUUUUAAUUAAAAUUUUGCCCUAAUACUUGAUUUGAUAGAUUUAAGAAGUUUUUUUUUUAUUUUGAAAAAAGAAAUUCAAAUUGUACUGGUUAAUUUUUUAAGAAGCAAUUGUAAAUCUUAUAUAAAUAUUGAAAGUUUACAUCAAAAUCUUUAAAUUUA